UGCGUCCGCACGGGUCGCGCCUGCGGCGCGUUAUUUAAGUUAUCGGCUGCAUUUCUUGGUUUUAAUUUGAAAAUUAUAUAUGAAAAGUAAGAAAAAAAAGUAGGUAAUUACAUUAAAAAUAGUAAAUACAAUUAUGAAAAAAUCAAAUGUAUUUAAUAAACCAAAUGGAAAUAUUGUUUAUAUAUAUAGAAGAAAUAAAGUUACUAAAAAUAUAAAUAUAUAAUGUUGGAGAAUUUAUCAUCAUAUGCAAAUAUAUAAAUGUCAGAUAUUACAAUGAAAUUUGAAAAAGAUGACAUCUAUAUAAGUUACAAAAUUUAAAUCGUAGAGUAAUUCCUGGUAGAAAAUUGUUUCUGGUACAAACAUCAUUCCAUUGGUAUCCUAAUUUUGUCUUCUUCCUUGGAUAAUUCUUCUUAAUAACAUACAAUUUGUUAUGUCGACCAUCAUCAGUACAGAUUUUUAAUUCAUCAAAUGAAUAUAAUCUGAUGAAUUGACUAAAUGGUUUUUGUAAAACCUACAAAAGAUUUCAAAAAAAUGGUAAGAUGUAGUUAAAAAAAAUUGAAUAUUAAAAUAAUAAUAAAUAUAAAUUGAAAGUAUUACUCAACUAAUGUCGUUUUUGUAAUCAUUUCUUGUGUUAAUAUGAUAUCAAACCAUAUAGUACACCGUGGAGAAGUACUUCUACUAUGAAAUGGUCGUAAUUGAUUUGAAGAUUCAAUCACAUGUUUAGAAAUAAUGCGGAAGCAUUGAUAACCAUAGUAUGCAAGUUUAACAUCAACAUUGUUAUCUAAUUCAAGAAAAUUAGUUAAUGCAUUCCAACCACCAAUUAUAAGAGGAUGAUCGAAGUUGUUGUUAAAGUGCAGCAGAUUAGAACAAUCUCCGUUGUGUAAAAUAUGCCAAAUACUUGUUAGUUCUCUCCAAUAUUGAAGAACAAAUUUUGGAUCUACCUCCGCAUAGCACUAAAAAAAAAUGUAUAAGAAAUAGAAAACUCAAAUAUAUGUUAACAUGAUAUGGUGUAUCGAGAAUUUAGAUGUGAUUUUUUUUUUUUUGAGAUAAUACUGAAUAAUGAAGAAAUUUAUGAAUUAAUUUGCAUUAGAAUAGUUGGAUCAUUACCUGAUUUCCAUAAUGAAUGAUAUGAAAAGUGGUUUUCGGUGUAGUUGCAAGUAUUUCUCUAAUGUUAUUUCCAUCAAUAAUUUCCAUUUGGAAAGAUAAAAAAGGAUUUGAUAAGUUUUGAUGUUUUUGUCAUGGACAUGAUAUUUUAUAGUUGAAAAUAAGCAAUAUGUUAUUAUAUAUUUGAAGUGUAAAAUAAUGCAAAAUUAUAAUUUUCAAUAUAUAAAUUUUUUUAAGAGUGACAUGUAUGACAUGUAUUGAUAGUUUGAUAUUUGAUGUUGUAAGAUUCUUUAUUUUUUUGUUUUUUAUGUAAAUAGAAUAUAUUGGAAGUUGUUCCUAAUAUAAAAAAUAUAAAGUUACAUGUGAAUAAUAAAAAAAAGAUAUAAAAGUAUUAUAUUUAAUAAUGUGAUGUGAUGUAACAAUAAAAAUGUUAAAGGUGAUUGUUUCUUAUUUUAUAUAAGUUGUAUACAUUAUAGCAUAAUUUUAGUUCAUAUUGUGGUCAUAGUUUUCCAUUGUAAGUUGUGAUAGAGUUCUUGAAGAUGGAAGAACCUUCUCUUGAAGAUUUGAACUCUGUUUUUAAUUUGGAACCAAAAGCAAUGUUUUCUGUUGCAUCCUUAUCAUUUCAGGAAUUUGCUGAAAUAGAUCCUAAUUAUCGAAAACAAUUGGAUGUUCCAAUAGGAAUAAAGUGGUAUGUCAAGAAUAAAUCUGGUCCUCACCAUACUCUGACCUGCACAUUAGGUUGUAUAUUUCCUCUGAUUACUGGUGGAUGGAAAGAACUGAGAGAGUAUUACCGAUUUCCAGAUGAUGUUGAAGUAACUUUUAGUUAUUUUGGUUAUGAUUGUUUUGCAAUUAAGAAUAUAAAGACACUUGAUUGUUGUGCUGAAAUUCCUUAUUUUCAUAGUAGAAGUGUUUUUCCUUUGAAAACUACAUAUUUUGAUGUUACAAUGAAGGGUGAUAUGACAAUGGAAGACAAUUUAACAAUAGAAUGUUCUGAUUUUAAUGAAUAUCUGAAGGAGAAUGAUUGGUCUGCACUGGCUGCUUGCUUAGAUGAUGGAGAGGUGUAUGAUUUGAAGGUGAGAGGAAGGCGAUCUCCUUAUAAGAUUCAAUUGGGUUAUUGCUGGAAUCAUUUUUGUCAAUGCAACGAUUUUUACAAAGGUGAUAUUCUGCGUUUUAAGUUUGAUUCGGAUGUAGCAACAUGGGAAAAGAAGUGUCAUGUCUACAAAAUUGGUACAGAUCCUGAUGUUAAGUGAAGUCAAAUUUAAGUUCAAUUGUUGAAGGAUGUAGUAUGUAGAAGGUUUGGACAAUAUAUGAUCUAUGAUGAUGUUAGGAGGCUAAUGUUAAGCAUUUUAUGUUCAGUUUAGUUAAUCUGGUAAGUGUACUUGUAUUAUGAAACUUGUUGAAUGCUGUAUAAGUUCUUUGAUGUUUUAUGGUUUAAUUUGUAAUGUUUGCGUUAAUCUGA